GGCGCUGCGUUUCGGUAAGUCUAGAGUUUCUCUUCACCCUAGGAGCAGGAGGUAUAUUACAAGUCCCGGUCCCCCCAAUGUCUAACGGUUCCGUUCCCCAGCACAUAUUGAUCAUUGGAGCCGGCGUCUUUGGUCUCUCGACGGCGCUCUCGCUCCUCUCCCACCCCACAUACAAUGCCACCCGCAUAACUGUCAUCGACGGCUCUCCCUCGCUCCCCAACCCGUCUGGCUCUUCCGUCGACGCUAGCCGCAUCGUCCGGGCCGACUACGCCAACAAACACUAUGCCCAGCUCGCCUCCCAGGCGCAGGAGCUCUGGCGCGACAGGAGGAAAGAAGCAUGGGGCGGGGAAGGCAGAUACCAUGAGCCCGGGUUCGUGCUGACGGCGGAUGCGGACAAGGAUGCCUACUUGCGGGAAUCGCUGGCCAAUGUGAGAGACCUGGCACGAGAGGACGGCUGCAACGUGGACUUGAGCAAGAUCAGAGAACUACGUGGAGCAGAGGAGAUCCGGAAAGCGACGGGCUACGAGAGCGUAAGCGGGGAUCAUGGCUACGCGAACUUCAACUCGGGAUGGGCCGACGCCGAAGCGUGUGUGGCUUAUGCCCUGAGGAGAAUCCAGAGCGAGAGUGACGGUCGUGUAACCAUCCGCCCUGGCGCACAGGUCGCGAGGCUCGUCUUCUCCGGAAGCGAUUGUCAGGGGGUAGAACUGGCCGGAGGGGAGCAGAUCCAGGCGGACCUGACCGUCCUGGCAGCUGGGGCGUGGAGUCCCAGCCUCAUCGACCUUCAGGGACGAUGCCUGGCCACUGGGCAGACGAUGGCAUAUCUGGACAUCACGCCUGAGGAGCAAGCGGCAAUGGGAAACAGGCCGACCAUUAUGAACAUGAGUCGAGGGAUGUUUGUCAUCCCGCCGAGAGGGAACGAGCUGAAAAUCGCGAGGCAUGGGUAUGGGUACCGGAACCCCGUGAGGAUAUCAAGGGCGGUCAUCGACCCUGGCGUCUCGAACGGCAUUGGCCCCGGAGACGUGGAAGUCAGCGUCCCUAAAGUCGGCAUCCCCAUCCCGCUCGAAGCUGAAGAAGCCCUGCGGGAAGCCCUCGGCGAGGUUCUGCCUCAGAUGGUGGACAGACCGUUCACCCGCACGCGGAUUUGCUGGUACUGUGAUACGCCGAGCGGCGACUUCCUCAUCACCUUCCACCCGCAAUUCAACAACCUCUUCCUCGCCACGGGCGGGUCGGGCCACGGAUUCAAGUUCUUCCCCGUGAUAGGGGACAAGAUCGUGGCCGCGAUCCAGGGGACGCUGGAGCCGGCGCUGGCGCAGAUCUGGAGCUGGAGGAGUCAAGAGGACCUGUGCGGAAUGAUCAAGAGCGGCGGAGACGGCGGAGACGGCGGAGAGGAGUUUACCGCGUGUGAAGAUGGAAGUCGGGCGGGGAGGAAGGGGAUGCUGCUCGACGAGGAGAUGCGGAGGAGGACGAGCUAAAGGACCGAGCUUGUGGCCACGAUUGUCGCGUCCGGACGGUCCUAUUGGUGUACGAGGUGGGACGUCGAGUGGUUCAACCGCUUUGGCCAUGCAGAACGAAAAUAGAUGAGAAAGCGUUCAACGGUUGCCCAUUCCAGGGUCAACUCCGUCGCCAGUAUGGGAAGGGAAGCCCUCGUGAGAGAAGGACAGUAGCAUACAGAAUACGCUCGAUACGUCGACUCCACUUCUCCCGCUCGAACUACAUCAAAUCCACACGUAUAAACCGGGGACACACGUAGUAAUAAUAUAAAUAUACUACACCUGGAAGA